AUGGCAAACAUCAACAAAUAUUGGAUUGAUGCACCCCAUAGUUCCGAAGAAUAUAUCAAAGGAGUUGAGAAUUUUCUAGAUUUUGCAUUUCUAAAUUCAACCACGGACACAGAGGAAGAUGAUGAACCGGAUAUUUUAUGCCCAUGUAUGAAGUGUGUUAACAGAUUUUGGUUCCCAAGGGAGGAGGUUUUCAAUCACCUAAUUGCUAACAGAUUUAACAAGAGGUAUAAAGUAUGGAACUUUCAUGGCGAAGGAAUUACAACAGGGUCUUCUUCAAGGGGAGAUGAGAAUCAGUGUGAUAAUCAAAACAUAUUAGACAAUAUGGACGAGAUGAUUAAUGAUAUUUUCAGAGAUGUUAUAGGAGGUUCAAGUUCCGAAGCAGAAGAACUUCGGAAGGGUCCAGAUGAGAGUGCUAAAAAGUUUUAUAAGUUGUUACGGGAUGCACGGGAGCAAUUUUAUCCAGGCUGUAAGAAUUUUUCUGCUCUUUCAUACACAGUGCGACUCUAUCUACUUAAAUGUCUUAACGGGUGGAGCAAUUCUUCUUUUGAUAAGUUCAUGAAGCUUCAAUGUGAUGCCUUUCCAUUUGCAAAGCUUCCUACUUCUUUUCAUCAUGCUAAAAAAAUGGUGAAGAACCUUGGACUUAAUUACAAACGAAUUGAUGCGUGUCCUAAUGAUUGUAUGUUGUAUUGGAAAGAACGUGCAAAUGACAAGUCUUUCCAUGUUUGUAAAGCCUCUCGAUGGAAGUUAAAUGAGAAGCAAAAAGAGGAAGGUGCAUUGCCUGACGAAGAAGUUCCUGCAAAAGUUCUACGUUACUUUCCUCUAAAACCUCGUCUACAAAGGUUGUUCAUGUGCUCUAUGACGGCUGAACUCAUAACAUGUCAUGAAACUGAUCACAAGAAAGAUGACAAAUUAAGGCACCCUGCUGAUGGACAAGCUUGGAAAGAUUUCGAUGUUGCACAUCCUCAAUUUGCAAGUGAUUUUCGAAAUAGGUCUUACUACUGA